CUCACACAAAUUUAGCUGCGGUUUCCAGCUAGCGUAUUUACUCCUUUAGUCCAGUUGUUGUUGUCUCUUAAUCACUGAAGUAGGCUACAUUUAACGACAAGAAGAGCGUUCGUGUUAGAUUUACUUUCACUUUCAUUUCAUUUAAUAGCGUCAGAAUGAUGAACAGCGGUGGCCUUGUGUCUGAAGGAAAAAUACCAGUGCCUCUGAAGAGCAUCUCAGUGGAUGUGCAAGUUCAGGGGCAUGUUGUCACAGUCACGUCCACUCUGCAGUAUGUGAAUGAGGAAGAGCGCCACCUGGAGGCCUUGUUCGUCUUCCCUCUGCCAGCUGAUGCUGCUGUCUGCCACUUCAGUGCCAAGAUCGGAGAGCAGGAGAUUGUGGCAGAGGUGCAAGAGAGGCAGAGUGCGAGAGAUCAGUAUGAUGAUGCUGUGAGCUCGGGUCAGCAGGCGUUUCUGUUGGAAGAGAGCGCAGAGAGUUCUGAUGUGUUCAGACUGUGUGUUGGGUGUCUGUCACCGGGUCAGAACGCUGCCAUCACCAUCAUCUACGUCACCGAGCUCGCUGUUCAGGCCGAUCAUGCCUUGCGCUUCUGUCUGCCUGCUGUACUCAACCCCCGAUACACACCAGCAGGUUCAGGUGGUGGAAUAGUUUCCGAGAUUUCAUCAGUAUGUGGAUCUGUUCCCUACUCUCUGACUCUCAGUGUUCAUGUGAGCUCUCCAAACCCCAUCUCCAAACUCGAGUCCAACUGCACUCUGGAUCCUCUAGUGUUCCUCAACUCUGAACACACUCACGCAACGGUGAAUCUGAGUCCCGGUCACAUGUUUGAUAAGGACGUUGAGCUGUUUCUGUACUAUCAGAAUACCCAUCAGCCCACUGCCAUAGUGGAGGCAGGAGUGGCCACUGACCAGCCAGGUUCUUUGAUGGGGGAUCCAGUAGUCAUGAUCAGUUUGUACCCAGAGUUCCCCGAGGAAGUGAUGUCAUCAUUGGGAUCUCAAGGCGAGUUUGUUUUCGUGGUUGACAGAUCAGGUAGUAUGGAUGACAUGAUGCAUCAUGGGAAAGGAGCACAGAGUCGCAUAGAAGGUGCAAAGGACACUCUACUCUUAUUGUUGAAGAGUCUACCAAUGGGAUGCUACUUCAAUAUCUAUGGAUUUGGCUCUCAUUUCGAGUCGUUAUUCCCUAAGAGUGUUCUGUACAAUCAGGACACAAUGGAUGAGGCUCUGAAGAGAGUGAAGAAAAUGCAAGCAGACAUGGUCGGCACUGAGAUUUUACAACCGCUAAAACACAUCUACAAUCAGCCCUGUUACCCCGAUCACCCCAGACAGCUGUUUAUCUUCACUGAUGGAGAGGUUUUUAACACUAAAGAGGUGCUGGACCUGGUGAAAAGUCAUACUCACUCUCACAGGUGUUUCUCAUUCGGGAUUGGUGAGGGUGCAAGUACCACCCUCAUUACAGGAAUGGCCAGAGAGGGAUCUGGUCACGCCCAGUUCAUCACAGGCUCUGACCGCAUGCAGCCCAAAGUGAUGCAGUCCCUCAAGCUUGCAUUGCAGCCUGCAGUAGUCAAUAUCUCUGUGAAGUGGACUGUGCAGGACGGCAUUACUGUUGAGACACUAUCCCAACCAAUCAAUGUAAUCUUCCAUGGUCAAAGGACACUAAUAUAUGCCCAUCUUAAAGGAGAGAGUUCAGGAAGUUCUGAAGGAACAGUGACUGUGACAUACAGCCUGAAAGAUCAACCAGUGACAAACCAGCUCCACUUCUGCCUGAAACCAACUGAAGACACUGGGUUGGCAGUCCACCGUCUGGCGGCUCGGGCCCUCAUUCAAUCGCUGGAGCAGCAGGAGAGGGCAGGUGGUGCAGGAAUGGAGGAUAUCAAGAGCAGGAUGGUGGAGCUCAGUGUUCAGGCAGGAGUGAGCUGUGUUCAUACAGCCUUCAUUGCCAUUAACAAAGACAGCAGACAGACUGUGAAAGGACCCCUGCUGCAGAGGAGAGUGCCAACAGCAGAUGUGUCUGGUGUUUAUUGCUACCAGGGACCAUAUCAAGCCAGUUUGGAUAAUGAUCUACUUCUAAAAUCAUCGUUAAGCGGGAUGUUUUCUUCCCGACGCAGUGGAAGUUUUGCCAGGUGUAAAUCCUAUGUAAACGCAAAGUUUGUAGGAGCCUGUGCAGGAAUCAUUGGUUUUAAGAAGUCAUUGAAAUCCAACAAGGGUUUUCCUGUUCAAGAACAGAAGAGUGGAAUUCCGCAAAAGGUCACGGCUUUAUUUAGCAGUCGUUAUGAAACUUCAGCUGUGCUGUCUGGUCAGGAAAUCUCUCAAGGCAAACAAGAGGUCGAUGUUGAGCUCCAGAAGGACUCUUUGCUCCAGCUGGUUUCUCUCCAGAAGGCGUCAGGCUGCUGGGAUCUGACCCCCACACUGGCUCAUGUGUUUGGUAAGACAGAGGAUGAGCUGACCAAUCAGAAACCAGCAGAGGUGAAUCAGUCCGUUUGGGCCACUCUUCUGGCUCUCAUCUGGUUAUACGGCUGUAAAAUAAAGGAUCAGGUUGAGUGGCAGUUUGUGGCCAUGAAGGCGGCAUCAUGGAUCCGCUCUCAGAAAGUUUGUGAAAUUGAGGUGCCCGAGCGGUUGAUCAUGUCUUAUGAUGCGCUCAGGACGUUCGGCACGGCGCAGAGGUGCAGACAGGUGCCAGUCCGCCAGGCCACCGAGCAGGAGAUUUUACUUGCACACAGUGAGGAAUAUCUGGAGGCCGUGAAACAAACUCCAAAAAUGACUGAGGAACAGCUGAUGGAGUUUUCAAAGAAGUACAACGACGUCUAUUUCCACCAAAACAUCUAUCACUGUGCUCAGUUAGCCGUGGGGGCCACGCUGCAGCUGGUGGACAGCGUCAUGAAGAGAGAAGUUAGAAACGGCAUGGCGCUGGUUAGGCCUCCCGGACACCACAGUCAGCGUUCUGCUGCAAACGGUUUCUGCGUGUUCAAUAACGUGGCCAUUGCAGCACUUUAUGCUCAGAAAAACUACAGCGUAAACAGGAUUUUGAUAGUGGACUGGGAUGUCCACCAUGGACAGGGUGUCCAGUACUGCUUUGAGGAAGACCCAAGUGUGCUUUAUUUUUCUUGGCAUCGAUAUGAGCAUCAGACCUUUUGGCCCAAUCUCCCAGAGUCAGACUACACCAGCAUCGGGAAAGGCAAAGGAUCCGGAUUCAACAUUAACCUCCCCUGGAACAAGGUGGGGAUGACGAACAGUGACUACCUCUCUGCCUUCUUCCACGUUCUUUUACCCGUCGCAUACGAGUUUGAUCCAGAACUGGUUCUGGUGUGUGCCGGUUUUGAUUCCGCCAUUGGUGACCCAGAGGGUGAAAUGUGUGCCACCCCUGAGAUCUUUGCCCACCUCACCCAACUCCUGAUGCCCCUGGCUGCUGGCAAAAUGUGUGUCGUCCUUGAGGGAGGGUACAACCUCAAAUCUUUGACCCAAUCGGUUUGCCAGACCGUCCAGACCCUUCUUGGAGAUCCGGCCCCUCGUCUGUCAGAACACAGUGCCCCUUGUGUUAGUGCUCUGGAUUCUAUUGCGAAUGUCCGUACAGCUCAUUCACCGUACUGGAGCUGUUUUAAACACUUAGACACUAAUUCAGACAGGAGCAUUAAACGUCGCAAACUGGAAGAGAAGAAUGGUGGAGCGAAAGAUGCAAAACCUUUACUGGAGACUGAAACCAAGAAGAAGAUGGAGGAUAUUGUGUGGCCUGAACCCUUACCUAGAUCAUCACCUGCUCUGCGCACAGUUGUAGCUCCCCCUCCUGGUGUGGAGGUCGCACUGCCAGUGGGCUGCCAGGUUUUGGGGGAAAUUUCCAAAAGUGCUUCUGAUGUAGCACAAAAGAUCAGAGAUAAGCUUUUCCAAGACGCAUCGGACCAAAAGAUGCUCCAGCCCCUUGGAAAUAUCAUUUCAGUUCUUGACCAAAUGAAGAGUAAAGAGGUGUGUAAUGGAUGCGUUCUGGUGCCCGACUUGAAUGUGUCCGUACAAUGUUCUGUUGAACAUGCACUCACCAGCCUUGCUAAACGGGUGCUGAUUGUUUUUAUUGGAGAUGGAAAAUUGCCAGUCGACACCACUGAUGGGACGGCAUUACUUGUGCAAAUCUGCAGUGAAGAAGCGGAAGAAGAGAAGUCCGUCAACCACGUGUCAUUGUGUCUAAGAAUAGGGGAAAGUUUCACAGCAGGUUUCAUGCAGAUAGUGUUGGGUCUGCUUCUGCCCCUGGCUUAUGAGUUUAACCCCUACCUGGUGCUGGGGGUUGUUGAGGAGGGUAAAUGGAAAACUCUUUUGCCACCAGUCUGGGGUCACCUGAUCAGUCUGCUUCAAGGCCUGGCACAGGGGCGAACGCUUGCCUUACUGCAGGGGUAUGACAAAGACCUGGUGGAGGUUACAGCUGCUGCCCUCUCUGGGGCCCCUGCCCCUGCUCUUGGGGCCCUGGGGCCCCCCAAACCUGAAGAUUUUCAGGCAAUGGAAAAGCAAAGACAGAGGCUGCAGAAACGGUGGGGUCUACUCCGAUGCACAGUUUCAGAAAGCUGAUGGAAACUCCUGUGAUGUCCUCUCUUCACUCCUUUUGUCCAGCUAUGAGAAAAUCAUUAAUUCUUUUGUCAUUUUAUACUUUUCUAUGACAUUAAAACAAACUUGCAUUUGGCAGUGGAUGGUUAUUUUCUGACUUUGCUGUGUCUCUGUGUGUUUUUUUUUUUUUUUUUCAUUUGAGAGUAAGGGUGUUUCUUAAGAUGACUAAUAUGAUAUCCAUUUCAACACUUUUCCAUAUAUGACUAAUAUCACAUAAUAGGUCUGAAGAAAAAACCUUGUCAUACUUCCUUUUUUUGGGGGGGCUAUUAGAGUAUAUAAAGAUAUUUUUGGUCUGGUUUCUUUUAAAUUCCCCUCAACCACAAUCGACAAAGUAAUGGUGAGUAUAAAUAUUGCUAAAUAUUUAAAUAAGUUGUAUUUUAAUACAUUCUGAUAAUGCAAAGCAUUGGUACUGUUCUGUUUUUUUUUUAAAUGCACACAUCUUAAUGUAGAAGCUUGUUGAGUUGUGUUAAUAAUUCAUGAUCAAUCUGAAUGUCGUGAUGUUUGUUCCUGGAUCAGGGAUUGCGGUAUUUUAAUUCAUCCUACUGAAAAUGUGGUGGGUGGGUUCGGUUGUGUGCGGUCAAGGAGUACUUGAACAUUUGUAGCUGAAAAUCUUUACUGUGGUACACAAAUAUGUUUUCCACCAGAGGACCCUUUACUGCUCAGAACUCCUAAUCCUCCAUUGAUCCACAUUCAAAUUUCAUGACGUUUUUUGUCUUAUUGGAGUCAUUUAUAUAUUUUAAUGUGUGGUGGUUUAAGUCUACUAUUUCCAUAAAUGUCGGGAUCUGAAAUACUAAUUAAAUUCUGCCACAUCAAUUUCUAGAAAAUUGUUCUCUAAAAAUGUCUUAUCCAGUAAUCACAAAUUACGGUGAUUCGUCCAUCCAGACCACCGAUGAGAAAAGUAACAGUGACCAGAUGACAUUGCCUUCUCUUCGGCUACAGCAGCCGUUUUGACAACAUCAUUUGAAAAAUAACACUACGAAACUUUAAUAGCUUUUAAAGUGAAAAUGCAGAGUAUGCUUAUAUGAUUGUUUCUCUAUGUAAACGUAUGCUAUACAGACGUCUUUGACCUUUGUGUCAAAGAUGUUUGUAGUGAAAAGUGCUUUAUAAAAAAUACUUGGCGCCGCAUCUCGUUGCAGGUUGUGAAUGGGGAAAAAAAAACAAACUUCAGUCAAUCGUUGCUUGUAUUAGCUUAAUGCUAAUCGAUUAAGUAAAGUUAUGACAUCUCUUAUAAAUGUAGAUCAAGUGGGGUUUAUUCAGGUCUUAGCUAUUUUUAUAACAUUAGGCGUUUCAUUAAUAUCAUGUGGUCAGUGGCGAAUGAUCAGACUCCGAUUUCACUUGACACCGAAAAGGCGUUUGAUAUGGUAGAAUGGGAUUAUCUUUUUAAGAUUUUGGAAAUAUAUGAGUUUGGGAGUAUGUUUAUUGGUUGGAUCAAGUUACUUUAUAGACACCCUGUAGCAGCAGUACAAACAAAUGGAUUAAUUUCAGAUUUUUUUACUCUGGAUAGGGGCAACCGUCAGGGUUGCCCUCUUUCCCCAUUAUUGUUCUGUCUUGCCCUGGAACCAUUAGCAGCCACAAUAAGAAAGGAGGAUGAUUUUCCAGGGGUGAUGGUGGGAGGUGUGGUGCAUAAGCUUCUGCUUUACGCAGAUUAUAUUUUAUUAUUUGUCUCUGACCCUACUAGAUCAAUGCCUUGCCUACACAGAAUUAUUAAUUCCUGUUCCAAGUUCUCAGGAUACAAAGUCAACUGGUCUGAAACCGAAGCUUUGUCUCUGACAGCAUACUGUCUAGUAACGGCCUUCCAGUGGCCGUUACUGGACAGUGAGAGCAUUGUGAAGUCCUUUAGAAUGGCAUGCGACCCAGUUUUCAUUUUAGUAAGCCGCAUAGGCCGAUUGACAAAGGUGGGCUAGGCCUACCCAAGAUUUUCUUUUAUUAUUAUUAUGCAUUCGGUCUCAGAUAUUUGGCUCAUUGGUCACUUCCACCUGAGAGAGCCCCUCCCUGGUUCUGUAUUGAACAGGAAGUUCUUGCCACUAUUUUGCCAUUGCAAAGCCUUUCUAUCAAUCUGACUAGAGAACUUAAAUCACACCCGGUUAUUUCACAUUUGCACUUGGUAUGGACCAAGUGCAAAUGUCCAGAGUGUUUAAUUCAGACAUUUAUCUAAAUGUUGCCUUGAGCUUGUGGCUCAACCCCAAACUCUGCAUUAAUAAGUCCCCUUUAUGUUGGUCAGAGUGGAUUGUGAGGGAGGUUAAUACACUCAGUGACCUAUAUGAGAGUGGAGUGUUGAGAUCCUUUGAAAAUUUGGUUAGACAUUUUGGUAUCCCCAGAUCUCUGUUUUUCAUGUAUCUACAGCUGGACCACUUGCUCUGUACUAGUUUUGGGAAUAGCAUACACCGCCCUUAAGCAUAGAUACUGAUUACUGCUUUUGGAAAAGGUCAUGAUGCAUCAGUGUAUUACUCCUUGUUAAUUCAGAGUCUGGGGGAUGGAGCCUCAACCACUCUCAAAAGAUUAUGUGAGAAAGAUUUAAACUUGGAAUUAGAGGAGGGAAAAUGGGUAAGGAUUCUAAAAAACAUAAAAACUGCAUCUAGUCUAGUCUUGGUCUUAAAGACUCACCCACCUGCUGGUGAUGCCAAUCAGAGGACGAAGAUAUAACCCAUGUCUUUUGGGGGUGUGUUGAGAUACAGAAGUUUUGGCUAAAGGUUCAGAUUUUGGUGGCACUCGGUAUCAUUUUUCCCCAGACUCUGUAUCUUGGGCGAUGGGGCGGUCAUCGACAUUGAAAGUAGACACAUAACAAGUUGGGUCUUAACCAGUGUCAUGGUCGCCAGGCAGAUUAAGGGGCUGGAGCACCCUCUUUUCAUGAGUAGUGCUCGGAGAUGGGAAGGGUGGCGGCCUUUGAGGAAGGGGCAUUUAGAAGAAUGGGGAGGUACAACAUGUUCAUUGAGAAAUGGGGCUGGUAUUUGUCUUUUAUGGGCCUGUGAUUAUUAUUAUUAUAUUUUUUUAUUUGUUUAUUUAUCUAUUUAUUUUUUGUGCAUGUGUGCAUCUAUAUCAUUUGA